UUCCGCCUAGAGAAACAUGGGAAGGUGGAGAGAGUUCUCCAUUCCCCGACUCUCCUCGUAUAGGAUGACCUUCCGUUUGACAUAGUCCUAGGCAUGGACUGGGGCCACACGCCAUUUGAGAGAGCAUGAGUGUAGGCUCCUUAGCCCGUCAGGCGAGGUUAAGACGGGCCCGUCUGUUCCAUGUGUCAGGAGUGGAUAACUCGCUGGCACAUUGUUGUCUCAGUGCUCCAGCGUUCGUGCGAUUGGUGAGAAAGGAGCAGUUAGAAGACCAGGUUUUAGUGGUGUAUGUUAGACCUGUCACGGAGGCUAAGGAAAAGAUUAGUUCCACAGAUCCAUUCAUUGUGAAGUUGCUGGAAGAGUUCAAGGACUUAACUAAGCCGCCAACAGGAGUAGUGUCGUGGCGGAUCCAGCACAGGAUAGAAAUAGAGCAUGGCAGUAAAACUCCUAAGGGUGCGGUCUACAUGAUGUCCCCUAGAGAGUUAGAGGAGUUGCGCAAGCAACUAGAUGAGCUCCUUGAGAAGGGUUGGAUUAGGCCCAGUUCAUCUCCUUUUGGAGCACCAGUUUUAUUUGUCCCCAAUAAGGAAGGAGAGUUGCGCAGGUGUAACUAUAGGGGUCUGAAUGCUAUCACAAUCAAGAAUGCUGAACCAUUGCCCAGGAUAGACGAUCUCUUAGAUCGGGUGCAGGGUUGCAAGUAUUUCUCCAAGAUAGGUUUGAAGUCCGGAUACCAUCAGAUAGAAGUCCAUACUGAUGACCAGUACAAGACUGCGUUCCGGACUCGUUAUGGGCAUUAUGAGUUCAUAGUGAUGCCCUUUGGACUGACCAAUGCGCCAGGCCUAGCUAAUUAUUACAAGAAGUUCGUGAGGAACUUCUCGACUAUCGCCGCUCCCCUUCGCAGGUUGCUUAAGAAAGAGGCAAUCUGGCAAUGGGACAAAGAUUGUACGUCAGCGCUGAAGAAGUUAAAGCGCAUAUUGAUAGAGUACCCUGCCCUCAAGGUGGCCGAUCCAUCCUUGCCAUUUGUCGUCACCACGGACGCGAGUCGGUAUGGUAUAGGCGCCGUGUUACAGCAAGAUGACGACAAUGGCUAUAGACCCGUAGAGUUCAUGUCAGCGAGGAUGCCCUUAGAGAAGGUUGCUACCUCGACGUACGAGAGAGAACUCUACGCUCUCAGGCAGGCUUUAGAGCACAGGACGUAUUACCUGCUUGGGAGGCACUUCAAAGUGUACUCCAACCACGCGACUCUUAGAUGGUUGAAGACACAGGCCAUGAUGACACCUAAGUUGACUAGGUGGGCCGCUGAGAUAGACCAAUAUGACUUCGAGCUCAAGCCAGUUAAGGGCAAGUACAAUGUAGUUGCGGAUGCUCUGAGUAGAAGAGUCUUGUAUGAGUUCUGCCGAGACGAGAAGCAAAUGCGCCGGUAUUUUAAAUUGCAGUUGGACAGUUUCAGCUGAUGGCGGCUUCUGAUCCCGCUCUUACUGUUUUGCGAAGAUGUUUUCUUGUGUCGUCACUUCCUAGGGGUGUUGCAGUGGCUUUUUGAGUUACUUUUGAACUGGGUUUGACUUCAACUGGAUGGUUGAGUUAAUGCCUUUCCAAUAGCAGGGGGAGGGUGAGGACGGGGAAACUCCGCAAAAAAUAUUUCAGGUGGUGCGUGGACUGGGGCUGGGCCCAAAGCCUCGUCCGAUGUCCUGCCAAUAGUCUGCAGCAUGUGGGCCUAUAGCUACUAUGCCGCUAUUGAAAAAAGUGUGCGGCCGAACUUCACACAAGCCCCAUCCCACAUCCUGCCAAUAGCCUGCAGCAUGUGGGCCUGUAGCUACAUCCCUAUUGGCGAAGUGUGCGGCUGAACUUCACACUAGAGGCAUACGUACGGCUUACCUUCAACUAGCAACAGUAGAGGAACCAAGCAUGCCAUAAAAGCACAUUCAUAGAGGAUGUGGGAUGUGGAUGUUAUUGAAGAAGGGAGGAGUGUCGGAGGUGGGGGAGAGGGACAACACUUGCUGUGGUCUGAAACAAGGACAGUGCUGUUGGUGUUCCGUCGUUCCCGUUGCUCGGUGCUGAGGCAGGAAGUAGCUUGGUCCCUCCUUCUGUCCCUCCUUUCCAGCAUGCUGUCUUGGCAGAAUAGAGGUGUAAACGUUUCUUAUUCAGGAAGAAAGGGUGUUGGAGAUGCUGGGAUCAGUGUCGGUGCCGCUGCUUCUCAAACCACGACGCAAGAAGUUCCUUGCUGCAUGUAGCGGUUCACCAUCGUGGAAAGGUAGCUAUGAGCGCGCAUCAGUUUUUGCAGUGUUAAGUGCUUAUGCGCAGGCAGCCCUUUGUGAGCUCAGUGGUUAGAAGACAGAGAACCCCAUCAAGUUGAAGCCCGUUGUGUUUCCUUUCUCCACUGGCCAGUCUUCUUUUGUGCAUAUGUCCAUUCCAAAUCUGCUCAAUGAGCCUUGCUCCACUACACAACGUUCUAAAUGACUAUAGGCAGGAAAGCGGUCCUGAUGCAUUCGGAAUUUUUGGUGAGUCAGAAUGUAUCUGGUCAAAAUGCAGCCCAGAUGCGUUUUGAAUGGUGCGUAGUGGAGCGAGGCCUGAUGUAUUCAGCAAUUCUAUGCACUCUGGCGUCAGGUCUGCGCUGAUGUAUUAUGCCAAUCGACGUGCAGCCUGCAUGCAAUUGUGACUUCUGGAUUAACCAGGCUAAACACUAAGAAGACCUUCUCUUCCACUUCCUGUGUGUUAGCUCUUUGCACCAUGCGGCAGUGACCGUCUUGUGGAAACUUUGCAUAAUGCAGACUUGUUCCUUUUUUUCCCUUCCACUGUCCUCUGUGACGUUAGGUACCUGUGCACCACUUUGUGUACAGAAUUACUCUUUUGAGUUUAGUUGAGAAUCUGGAGGUAAUCCAGAGUUGAUUUUUGCAGCUGCUUUUGCUUAUGGCAUCUUGGGUGCCUUCCUUGAAUAUACGACUGGCUGUGGUGAAGGCUGUAUGCAAUCAGAGUGACUGUAGAUGCGACACUACCAAAGGGGGUGGCUGCCCACUCCAUCCAAUCCUGAUUUCGUCGUGAAGAUCCAAUGUGAUAUUCUGUCGGGUCAUUCCUUCCUUCGCUAGAGCGGGAUCAUUGGUGAAAUUGGUGUGGAAGCUCUCCUCGUUUCUAUUCCACUAGUCUCAGGAGAGAGAAAUUUACAGACGCACUAUGUACAGAGGGAUGUGCUGACAUGC